AUGCCUGCUUUGCCCUCGCCUUUUGCCAAAGGGGGAUGCAUUGUGUCAGCGCCAGUGGGGCCGGCCGGUCCUGCAGGGCCGGUGAAGUCGUCUUCGGGAAAGCUUGAGUCACUCAGGCUUGCGGGAGUGAAGAUUCCGAGUGUGCCGGGACAAAGCUGGGAUCAGAAACUCUCUGAGGCGAGGGAAGCAGCUUUGGCAAAGUGGCUAGGGAUUCUUGAAAGGUUCCCUGACGAUUUCGGUCUUUCUCUGUCGAUUCGGCUAGAUAAGGAGAACGGGCGAGACUCUGACUUGAAGUCUUCCUUGCAAGAUGUGUUUUCUCAGAAGGCGAGCAUCACGAUCUCGGGCCGUGCUGGGCCCCUUGCCAGGUACAUCAAGCACUGCCGAAGUUGCCAGGUCAUUCCUUUCCCUGUCACUGAAGCAGGGAUCUAUGCUUUCCUGCAGGAUUAUGCAUCUCACGAGGCGCCCACUUUCGCCAGGAGCUUCUUGAGCAGCCUUGCCUUUGCAAAGUUCACUGUGAGCUUGAAGGUGAGUGAUGAAGUCUUCAGCCCCAGGGUCCGUGGGCUGUCGUCGAAGCUGUAUCUUGAAAAGAGGAAGACUCGGCAAAAGCCGUCGCUCAAAGUUGAUCAUGUGCGGAAGUUGGAGGCUAUCGCUUCCGGCUCGAUCGUGCUCGAGCCUUCAGACCGGGUCGCUGCUGGCUUUUUCGUGUGGACCUUGUAUGCACGAGCGAGGUACUCGGAUGCCCAAGCUGCAGGUGCAAUGACUUGUGACUUAAGCGAUACGCCGGACGGCACAGUCGGAUACCUGGAGUCCGCUGUCGAGCGAAGCAAGACUUCGUUCUCACUGGAAAGAAAGGUCAGGUAUUUGCACAUGUUUGCUCCCAUCCAAGGUAUAGGUGAGGCGCCCUGGGGUGUCAAGUGGUUUGAGUUCUAUAAGGAGCAUGGGCCUCCUUUGGGGUCUGGCAAGCCCUUGCUUCCGAGCCCGCUCUCUGGCGGAGGGUGGCAAACAUCGCCGCUGGCGGUGGCGAGUGCCACGAAAUGGAUGAAGUCACUCUUGAUCCGUGCGGGUUGUGACAGGUCUUCCGUUGAACCGCUUGGGACGCAUAGUCUCAAGGCAACGACCUUGAGUUGGAGCGCCAAAUUCGGACUACCCCGCGAGGUGAGAGCGGCCCUAGGCUACCACGCCAGGGGCCGUGACGGGACCGAGCUCAUCUAUGGGAGAGACAACAUGUCUGCUCCUGUGCGCCAACUGCAAAGGGUUCUGCUCGAAGUGUCGCGCGAAAGGUUCAUGCCGGACGCCACCAGGUCCGGUUACUUCGUGAAGCGCUUUGAAGAUCCAGAGGGAAUGCCCAUUCCUCCUGAUGAGGUUUUGUCGGAAUCUUCUUCCGAGGCCAGCGAGGAUGCCGAGGAUGUCGAUCAUGUAGCUGCGGAGGCGGCCACCGACGAGUUGGGAAGGCAAUGGGAGCCCGAUGCAGGCUUGCGUGCCGAGCUUGAAGCAGUCCCUUUGUUCAGGAACAGAGACAGCCGUUUCAUCCAUGCUGUCGCAUCCGAAGAAGGCGACAAGUUCAGAUGUGGGAGUUCACUAGCUCGGUUCCUGCUCCUGUCGAUGGCUAACUACUCUGAGAGUCAAUCGGUUCUGCAGUCGCGAUUGAGUGUCGUGGGUUUCGCAGAAGAUGACGUUCAGAAAAUCCUGCCAGAGGUGGGAAACUUGAGGAGGCUGGCUUUCAUUUCUUCUUUCACACCUGGCCAGACUGACGAGGGGCCGUUGAUGCAGGUGUUGAAAGACAUUUUGAAGCGAGACUUGACAAUUGCAGACAAGGCUAAUUGGCGCGCGGUUUACAAUGAAGCUUUCGCCAUUGUGACCGCGGAAAUGAAGCAGAGGAUUGAGAAGGCCGACCCAGAGUCGACCGUCAGGCCUUUGUCUCAGCCUGAGAGGUCGGAGCGGUACGAGCGGCAGGCCAAGAAGCUUGUCGGGAUUUCACUGAAAGGGCCUCUGGAGCCUGCCGAUGCACUUGUUGAUCUUGCUGUGGCUUCCUAUGAGGCAAAUGAGCUGAGGUACAUUCCGUGGGACCGGUGUGUGUCCAAGGAAGCUGAACUGGCUGGCGAGAAGAAACGCGAUGUCAGGUUCACUGUUGAGGAGUCUUCGGGAAAGCUUCGGAUCGAGCACAAACAGCCUGAUCUGGUUGCGGAUACUUCAUCGGAGAUUCUUGUUCAGCAGGCUCUCACCCGGAGAGCUUUGGCCAUGGAUCAGGCGAACCUGAUCGAGUUCAGUGUUGCUGAUAAGUGGACUCAACGCUUGAUGAAGGCCCGCAUGCAAGAGCCUGCGGAGCAUUUUGCCAGGCCCACUUGGAAGCAACUUGAGUCGGCGGAUCGGCAGCUGUUUGCCGAGCUUCGUGAUAAGACCAGGGCAGGAGUGCAGACAGUCGCAUCGGGUCGCCCGUUGGACACACUUCUGCCAGAUGCGAUGUACAUGAACGAAGUGUCAUGUUUGUUGCAACCUUUUCCGGCCCCUGCCUUAAAGGAUGUUCCCCAGAAGCCGGAUGCUCCCAAGUGGGAGAGGCCUUCUCCUUACAACAAAGGUGGAGGCAAAGGAAAGAAAGGUAAGCAGAGGUUCAUGACGAGGUUGCCCGCCGGCCUGGAGGGCUGCAGGUCUCACACCAAUCGUGGUGACCCAAUCUGUUUUGCAUUCAAUCUGGGAGGAUGCCCUACCAAAGGGCAGAAGUGCGAGAAAGGCCUGCACAUUUGCGCAGUGCCUAAGUGCGGUGCUCACAACCAUGGUGCAGCGCAGUGCCCAAAGCGGGCUCAGGGUGGCUCGUGA